AUGAUUCAUAGUUUAUUUAUUAUAAAUUCUGCCUGCGAUGUUUUUAUUGAAAAACACUGGAAAAGUAUAAUUUCCCGAUCCGUUUGUGAUUACUUUUUUGAUCAACAUCGAAAAUCUAUCAAUCCAGAGGACAUUCCCCCAGUUAUAGCAACACCUCAUCAUUAUUUGAUAAGUAUCUAUCGAUGUGGUCUUUAUUUUGUAGCUGUUUGUAUGACAGAAGUUCCACCAUUAUUUGUCAUAGAAUUCUUACAUAGAGUAGUUGAUACAUUUGAGGAUUACUUCUCAGAAUGCUCUGAAAAUGUUGUUAAAGAUAAUUAUGUUGUUGUUUAUGAGCUUUUGGACGAAAUGUUAGACAAUGGUUUUCCAUUAGCUACUGAAUCAAAUAUUCUAAAAGAGCUUAUUAAACCUCCAAACAUUCUUCGAACAAUCGCAAAUUCUGUCACAGGGAAAUCUAAUGUAAGUGCAACAUUACCUAGUGGUCAACUAUCCAAUGUUCCAUGGAGGAGAUCAGGUGUAAAAUAUACCAAUAAUGAAGCUUAUUUUGAUGUAAUAGAAGAAGUAGAUGCUAUUAUUGAUAAAGGUGGUUCUACCGUAUUUGCUGAAAUUCAAGGAUAUAUUGAUUGCAGCAUAAAACUUACUGGGAUGCCUGAUCUCUCUUUAUCAUUCAUGAACCCCCGACUUUUUGAUGAUGUGAGCUUUCACCCUUGUGUUCGAUUUAAACGAUGGGAGUCUGAACGAAUUUUAUCAUUCAUACCUCCAGAUGGUAAUUUCCGGUUAAUGUCAUAUCAUAUUGGGUCACAAGGAAUAGUUGCUAUACCAAUUUAUAUACGACACAUGCUUGCAUUAAAAGAAACAACUACUGGAAGUGGUCGUCUUGAUAUUACUGUUGGACCAAAACAGACACUAGGAAGAACAAUCGAAAAUGUUGUCAUUGAGGUACCUAUGCCGAAAAGUGUGUUAAACUGUACUCUUAUUCCUAACCAAGGUAAACAUUCAUUUGAUCCCGUCUCGAAAGUUUUGACUUGGGAAGUUGGCCGAAUAGAAACUACCAAACUUCCAAAUAUAAAAGGAACUAUUAGUCUGCCUGUAAGCACAGUUGUCACUGAUUCAAAUCCUGUUAUUAAUGUGAAAUUUACUAUCAACCAAUUAGCAUUAUCUGGACUAAAGGUAAAUCGUCUUGAUAUGUAUGGUGAAAAAUAUAAACCAUUCAAAGGUGUCAAAUACAUUACAAAAGCUGGAAAAUUUCAAGUGAGGAUGUAAUUUAUACAUUAAUUUAUCAUAUUAUUUAUAUAAAUAUAAAAUAUUUGUUU